GCGACAAGGAAGAGGAGCAGACCGUGCCCGCUGCCCCCGCAAAGUGGCUCGCUGCAUUCCGCGCUGCAAUCUCGAUUAGGACAGGGGGCUGCUGCAUCCAGCACGCAGGCACACGCAGCUAAACGCAGGCACGAAGAGGAGUCCAAGUGCUUCGGCGCACGCGCUCUCUGCUGUUUCCGCGACAGCCGCCUGCUGCUGCGCUGCGCCCCCGAUGUGCGACGUCGCCUGCUGCUGCGCCCGACGGCCGAGCACGAGCACGAGGUCCGAGGACGAAGGCGCCCCCCCGCAAUGGAUGCGCAGAUGCAGCCAAGGCGUCGACGUGCAGCUUGCGGAGGCGUUCUCGAUCGUCCUCCUCGCCCCUCCAGCGGCCGCUGCUCAUCGCAGGGGUGUUCUAUUUCGAACGCCGCCCUCAGCCUCGUCGCACGUCGUGCAAGACGGAGCCGUGUCCGUGCCUGGUGUGCUGUGUGCUGCUCGCCGUCCUGCGUGGUGUACCGCCAUGGGCACGCGCGUCAAGGCACUUCUUCCCGCCCGCCGCGCACGACACGCGCGCGCUGCUGGCGGUGCUUACGCCGGGGCGGCUUGGCGGCGCAUGACACGAACGCUUGGCUUGCGGGUCGGACGUGCACGCUCCGCAGGCAGCGCAAACCGCAACUCGCCGCCGGCCGAGAGGCCGCGGUCGACGUCCGAAGCCGCAAGCCGCACAGCCCGUGACGGCGGCGCAUGAGGGCAUGACACCGCGGUCGCCAGCCGCAGCCGCACCGCCCGUCCGCCCGCAAGAG